AACUUUUCCCCACCACCACACGCUGCCCACACCAGACCAGACACCGGAUUCUACAGAGUCUUCUUUCUUAUCCCGCGCCGCCCCGCGCCCCCGCUCCUCUAGCGGCAACUCUAAUUUCCAAAUCCUGGACAAAAACCCCGGCCGCAAAUUUUUUGAAACCCCCAGAUCCCCACGCGACACCACCAGAAUCAUCGAUUUCGAGACCCCUAGCGGACAUCCGCCGCCCUUGCCCCUGCGCGCCGGGCGGUGCACUGCAGUUCCGUCGGCCGGAGAGGCGGGGAGGGCCAUGUGGCGGCGCGGCGUUGGGAGGAAUAGAGUGGUAAAUGCCUGAGCCCGAGGACCUCUGCCUGAACGGCGGCGGCCUCCACCGCGACGGGCUCAAGGCCUGGCCCGACCUGUGGGUGCUCCCUGGGAAGCCGCCGCACGCGCGCCCCGCGGCGAUGGCGCCGCCGGACCGCGUCCCCGACCAAACCCUAGCGUUCUCGGACGAGCUCCUCCUCCGCGUCCUCGCCUGCCUACCGGAGCCCCACCUCACGGGCUCCGCGUCGCUCGUCUGCAAGAGGUGGAUGCGCCUCUCCGGCCGCCUGCGCCGCCGCCUCGUGGUGCGGGACUGGGCUUUUGUGACUCUCCGCCUGCCGUACCGCUUCCCCGACCUGGCGGUCCUAGACUUGUUCCCGGCCUCCGUUGCCGCCCCGGCCGCGCCGUCUCGGGUCUCCCCUGUCCUCACCUGCGGCGAGGCGUCACUAACCCUAGACCCCAGCGCUGACCCGCCGCUCGGUGCUUGCCGUUUCCUCGCUGACGAUGUGCUCGAUAGGGGACUCGCGGUCAUAGCAGCUAGGUUCCCCAACCUCCGCCGCUUAUCGGCCACCGCCGCCUCCGAUUCCGCUGGCCUCAUGGAUGUAGCCAGCGGUUGUGCGACGCUGCAAGAGCUCGAGCUCCACCGAUGUACUGACCUGGCUCUCCGCCCAGUCUCUGCCUUCGCACACCUCCAGAUCCUCCGCAUCGUUGCAGCUUCCUCCCCUCUGUACGGGACCAGUGAAGACGGUGGGGUCACUGAUAUUGGCCUCACCAUCCUUGCCCAUGGCUGCAAAAGGUUGGUGAAGCUGGAGCUUGUGGGUUGCGAGGGCAGCUACGAUGGCAUCGCAGCUGUCGGGCGGUGCUGUGCGAUGCUCGAGGAGCUCACCAUCGCUGAUCACAGGAUGGACGGUGGGUGGCUUGCUGCUCUAGCUUUCUGUGGCAACCUCAAGACCCUGUGGCUUCAGGGGUGUAGCAGGAUCGAUGAUGAUCCUGGCCCAGCUGAACAUCUUGGUGCCUGCCUCACUCUCGAGAGCCUGCAACUGCAUCGGUGCCAGCUACGAGACCGACGUGCCCUCCAUGCUCUCUUUUUGGUGUGUGAGGGUGCCCGCGAAUUGCUGGUCAAGAAUUGUUGGGGCCUUGAAGACGACAUGUUUACCUUGGCUGGCCUAUGCAGGAGAGUAAAACUCCUCUCUUUAGAAGGCUGCUCCUUAUUAACAACUCGAGGUCUUGAAUCAGUUAUCACCUCAUGUAAUGACUUGCAGAGUCUACAAGUUGUCACUUGCAAUAAAAUAAAGGAUGAGGAAAUUACCCCUGCACUCUCAGAGCUUUUCUCCAAUCUCAAAGAGCUGAAGUGGAGGCCUGACAACAAAUCUCUGCUUGCUGCGAACCUCGUGGGCACUGGAAUGGGAAAGAAGGGCAGGGUAUUUUCCAAAAGGAUUUUACUGGGCCAUCAACGAGUCAAAGAGAAGAUGCUCAACUAUCCAACUGUUGUUCUCCUUAGUUGAUACUAUUCCAGAUAGAAUUUCAUCCUACAAAAUUCUUAUACUUAGGAGCCGGUGCAUUUUUUUUGGGCUUGGACCAAAGUCACAGCUACAAUUUCUUUCAUACUGAAUCUAGGACACUGAAGCAGAACUGAGAUGCCAACCUUCCAGCUUCAUGUUCGUGGCAGAGUUGUAACAAGCUGACACUUCUCAAGCAGGAUCCAACCAGUUUUUAUGUAUGCCAUGAAACUUCUUUAAAAGUUAUCAGUUCCUGAUGUUGUAUCAGACAGACCCAACAGAGGAAGUUCAUGUUUACAGCAGAUGACUUGACCGUCUAGUCGUUUUUUGUUGCCGGCACACUUUGAAAUACAGAAAUUCAUCGGUGGCAACUAUCGAAUUGCAUUGUGCUCUUUUUA